AUGGGCAAGAUCGUCUUCUACGAGGAGAGGAACUUCCAGGGUCGCUCCUAUGAGUGCAUGAGCGACUGCUCUGACAUGUCCUCCUACCUGAGCAGGUGCCAGUCCUGCAGGGUGGAGAGCGGCUGCUUCAUGGUCUACGAGCGUCCCAACUACAUGGGCAUGCAGUUCUUCUUGAGGAGGGGAGAGUACCAUGAUAUGCAGCGCAUGAUGAGCAUGGGAAUGAUGUUUGACAACAUCAGAUCCUGCAGGAUGAUCCCCUAUCACAGAGGCCAGUUCAGGAUGAGGAUCUACGAGAGGGAGAACUUUGGUGGUCAGAUGAAUGAGCUGAUGGACGACUGCGACAACAUCAUGGACCGUUACCGUAUGUCCGAGUGCAUGUCCAGCCAUGUGAUGGACGGCCACUGGCUGAUGUAUGAGCAUCCCCACUACAGAGGCAGGAUGAUGUACCUGAGGCCCGGAGAGUACAGGAGCUUCAGGGACAUGGGCAUGAGCGGCAUGAGGUGGAUGAGCAUGAGGCGCAUCACUGAUAUGUGCUAGACUUCUGUAUUUGACUUGAAGUAAAUAAAAAUGACCUGUAAUUC